CAGAAGGCGAGAGGGAGCACGCGCGCGCGCGCGCAUCCCCCUGCACGCAGUCGCAGCGCGAACAUCUCCGGGUGAGCGUUAACCAUGGCCGAAGGAGGCGAGGGAGAGGACGAAAUCCAGUUCCUGCGGACUGAUGAUGAGGUGGUCCUACAGUGCUCGGCUACCAUCCGCAAGGAGCAACAGAAGCUCUGCCUUGCCGCUGAAGGCUUCGGAAACCGGCUUUGUUUCCUAGAAUCCAUCUCAAAUUCUAAGAAUGUGCCUCCAGAUCUGUCUAUCUGCACUUUUGUGUUGGAGCAAUCACUGUCGGUGCGAGCUCUUCAGGAAAUGCUGGCCAAUACUGAAGAGAGGGCUGAGGGGCAUGUAGAUGUGGAAAUCUGGACGGCCCAGGGUGGUGGCCAUCGGACCUUACUGUAUGGUCAUGCUGUUCUGCUCCGACACUCCUACAGUGGAAUGUACCUGUGCUGCCUCUCCACUUCUCGUUCUUCCACAGACAAACUGGCUUUUGAUGUUGGGCUGCAGGAAGAAACGACAGGCGAGGCGUGCUGGUGGACCAUCCAUCCGGCAUCAAAGCAGCGUUCAGAGGGAGAGAAGGUCAGAGUGGGGGAUGAUCUCAUCCUGGUCAGCGUCUCAUCUGAGAGAUAUUUACAUCUAUCCUAUGGUAAUGGCAGUCUUCACGUGGACGCAGCCUUCCAGCAGACACUAUGGAGUGUCGCGCCCAUCUGUUCUGGCAGCGAAGUAGCACAAGGCUUCCUAAUAGGAGGGGAUGUGCUCCGUCUCCUUCAUGGUCACAUGGAUGAGUGCCUAACUGUUCCAUCAGGGGAGCAUGGAGAUGAGCAGAGAAGAAGUGUCCAUUAUGAGGGGGGUGCAGUAUCGACUCACGCCAGGUCUCUCUGGAGGGUGGAGACAUUACGUGUCAUAUGGAGUGGCAGUCACAUCCGCUGGGGUCAGCCCUUCAGACUGCGUCAUGUGACCACCGGGAAGUAUUUGAGUUUGACAGAGGACAAAUCGCUUCUUCUAAUGGACAAAGAGAAAGCUGAUGUGAAGUCUACAGCUUUCUGUUUCAGAUUGUCCAAGGAAAAAUUGGAUCCGGGUUUGAAGAAGGAGGUGGAUGGAAUGGGCGUUCCUGACAUCAAAUAUGGCGACUCAGUGUGUUUUAUUCAGCAUGUUGACACCUGCCUGUGGCUCACUUACCAGACGGUUGAUGCCAAAUGUGCACGAAUGGGUGGUGUGCAGAGAAAGGCCAUUAUGCACCAUGAAGGUCACAUGGACGAUGGGCUGACGCUGUCCAGAUCACAACAUGAAGAGAGUCGCACUGCUCGAGUGAUUCGUAGUACUGUGUUUCUGUUCAACCUUUUUGUCAGGGGAUUGGACUCCCUCCGAAGAAGAGGAAAGGGCUCCACCUUUGAUUUGCCGAUCGACUCUGUUAGCUUAAGUCUACAAGAUCUGAUUGGUUACUUCCAACCUCCUGCUGAACACCUGGAACAUGAGGUCAAACAAAACCGACUGAGAGCUCUGAAGAAUCGUCAGAACCUUUUCCAAGAGGAGGGGAUGAUCAGCCUGGUGUUGGAGUGCAUCGAUCGACUCCACGUCUACAGCAGUGCAGCUCAUUUCACUGAAGCCGUGGGGAGGGGGGCCGGGGAGGCCUGGAGCUCCAUUCUAAACUCCCUCUAUCAACUAUUGGCUGCACUGAUCAGAGGUAACAGGAAGAACUGUGCACAAUUUUCGGGUUCCUUGGACUGGCUGAUAAGCAGACUGGAAAGACUGGAGGCCUGCUCUGGUAUCCUUGAGGUGCUCCACUGUGUACUUGUGGAGAGUCCCGAAGCCCUGAACAUAAUCAAAGAGGGACACAUCAAGUCCAUCAUUUCUCUGUUAGAGAAGCAUGGACGCAACCACAAGGUCCUUGAUGUGCUGUGUUCGUUAUGUGUGUGUCACGGUGUGGCAGUGCGAUCAAACCAACAUCUGAUCUGUGACAAUCUGCUGCCAGGAAGAGAUCUAUUACUUCAGACUCGUCUCAUAAACCACGUAAGCAGCAUGCGCCCCAACAUCUUCCUGGGUGUCAGUGAUGGCUCUGCCCAGUACAGAAAGUGGUACUAUGAACUGAUAAUCGACCAGGCGCUGCCCUUUGUAACAGCUGAGGCUUCCCACCUCAGGGUUGGCUGGGCCAACACCAGUGGCUACUUGCCAUACCCUAGCGGCGGUGAGGGUUGGGGGGGCAAUGGUGUGGGUGAUGACCUCUACUCCUAUGGCUUUGAUGGGCUUCAUCUAUGGUCAGGAUGUAUUGCCCGGACAGUCAGUUCUCCCAACCAGCAUCUACUAAGAGCAGAGGAUGUGGUGAGCUGCUGCUUGGACCUCAGUGUUCCUAGUAUAUCCUUCAGAAUAAAUGGCCAGCCAGUCCAGGGAAUGUUUGAGAACUUCAACUCAGAGGGUCUCUUCUUCCCUGUGGCCAGCUUCUCAGCCGGAGUCAAAAUCCGCUUUCUUCUUGGUGGACGCCAUGGAGAGUUCAAGUUCCUCCCCCCUCCUGGCUAUGCUCCCUGCUAUGAAGCUGUGUUACCAAGGGAGAAGCUAAAGCUAGAGGCCGGCCAGGACCAGGCAGUCGCUGGAGACUUGCUGGGACCGACAGUCACUUUGAGCCAAGCUGCAUUUACCCCGACUCCCGUUGACACCAGCCAGAUCGUUUUGCCGCCUCAUUUAGAGAGGAUACGGGAGAUGCUUGCUGAAAACAUUCAUGAAUUAUGGGUAAUGAACAAGAUCGAGUUGGGCUGGACUUAUGGAGCCGUACGAGACGACAACAAGCGGCAACACCCUUGCCUAGUGGAAUUCUCCAAACUUCCAGAGCAGGAAAGAAGCUACAAUUUACAGAUGUCUCUGGAGACACUCAAAACCCUGCUGGCUUUGGGUUGCCAUGUUGGUCUAGCAGAUGAGUACGCUGUGGAAAAAGUUAAAAGCAUGAAACUGUCAAAAACCUACCAGCUUUCCAGUGGUUACAAGCCUGCGCCUCUGGACCUCAGUCACAUCAAGCUGACGUCCACACAAGAAGCCAUGGUGGACAAGUUGGCGGAGAAUGCACACAAUGUCUGGGCAAGAGACCGCAUCCGCCAGGGUUGGACGUAUGGCAUCCAACAGGAUGUGAAAAAUCGGAGGAAUCCUCGCCUGGUGCCCUAUACUCUGUUGGAUGAGAGGACCAAGAAGUCAAACAAAGACAGCCUGAGAGAAGCUGUCAGGACUCUUCUGGGUUACGGCUACAACCUGGAAGCUCCUGACCAGGACCAUGCAUCUCAGUCUAAUCCCAGCAACUUGUCUGCAGAGAGGUUCCGCAUAUUCAGAGCUGAAAAAACCUACUGUGUUCAAACUGGCAAGUGGUACUUUGAGCUUGAGGUACUCUCUGCUGGAGAAAUGAGGGUCGGCUGGGCCCGACCUGGGUGUUUGCCAGAUCAGGAACUUGGCACAGAUGACCAGGCCUUUGUCUUUGAUGGUUUCAAGGUCCAGCGCUGGCACCAAGGCAAUGAGCACUUUGGGCGUUCAUGGCAAACAGGUGAUGUGGUGGGCUGCAUGGUGGAUCUCAAUGAACACACCAUGAUGUUCACUCUAAAUGGCGAAGUCUUGCUGGAUGACUCUGGGUCAGAACUGGCCUUCAAAGACUUUGAGGCAGGAGAAGGGUUUAUUCCUGUGUGCAGUCUUGGCGUCUGUCAAGUGGGCAGGAUGAACUUUGGCAAAGAUGUCAGCACCCUGAAAUACUUCACCAUAUGUGGACUGCAGGAGGGCUAUGAACCCUUUGCAGUCAACAUGAACCGAGAUGUCACCAUGUGGCUCAGCAAGAGGCUACCUCAGUUUGUACCUGUGCCUGCCCACCACCAGCACAUAGAGGUGACAAGAAUAGAUGGAUCAGUGGAGUCCUGCCCUUGCCUGAAAGUCACUCAGAAGUCAUUUGGCUCCCAGAACAGCAACACUGACAUUACCUUCUACAGACUGAGCAUGCCCAUAGAGUGUGCUGAAUCCUUCUCAAGGUCCCAUCAAAACAGCAGCCUCUACUCACCAAAGAAUGAACUGGAUGACAUUGAAAAUGUGUCGGACUUUGAGGUGCUGAUGAAAUCCCCUCACAGUCACAAUGGCCCCAGUGGAUCAGACCGAGACGAAUUCAACAACCACAAAGAUUAUAACCAAGAGAAACCAUCCAAGCUAAAGCAGCGGUUUCUGUUGAAAAGAAACAAACCGGACAACAGCUGCCCCACAUCUGCUCGCCUGCCUGAAGAAGUAAUAGCCGAUGAAAAGGAAGACUUUGAAUUCCUCAUUCAAGCUUCCACUCACUUCUAUUCCGUGCGGAUCUUUCCAGGCCAGGAACCCAGCAGUGUUUGGGUGGGAUGGGUCACAUCUGAUUUCCAUCAGUAUGACCCAAACUUUGAUUUACACAAUGUGAAAACUGUGACUGUAACUCUUGGAGACGAGAAAGGCAAGGUUCAUGAGAGUAUCAAGCGAAGUAACUGCUACAUGGUGUGGGCUGGAGAGAGCAGCACUCCCAGCCAGGGAAGGAACAACAACGGAUUAGAGAUUGGAUGUCUGGUGGACACGACCAAUGGACUCUUGACUUUCACUGCAAAUGGAAAAGAACUAGGCACAUACUAUCAGGUGGAACCAAGUACUAAACUUUUCCCAGCCGUCUUCGCCAAAGCCACGAGCCCCAACGUGUUCCAGUUCGAGCUGGGUCGUUUAAAGAAUGUGAUGCCGCUGUCAUCGGGUCUGUUUAUGAGUGAGAGGAAGAAUGCCGUCCCUCAGUGUCCCCCACGGCUGCAUGUGCAGUUCCUUACUCCUGUGCUCUGGAGUCGUGUUCCCAACCACUUACUCAAGGUCUCAACAUCCAGGGUGAAUGACAGGCACGGCUGGCUGGUCCAGUGUAAUGAGCCUUUGCAAUUCAUGGCGCUUCACAUUCCUGAGGAGAACAGGUCAGUGGACAUUUUGGAGCUAUCUGAGCAAAGUGACUUGUUAAAGUUUCACUACCACACCCUGCGGCUGUACUCUGCUAUCUGUGCACUUGGAAACAACCGAGUGGCUCACGUCCUCUGCUCACAUGUGGAUGAGGCGCAGCUUCUGCAGGCCAUAGAGAACAAGUACAUGCCAGGUUUCCUUCGUGCGGGUUACUAUGACCUGCUUAUUGACAUCCACCUCAGCAGCUACGCUACCGCACGUCUGAUGAUGAACAAUGAAUACAUUGUCCCCAUGACUGGGGAAACCAAGAGUAUUACGCUGUUUCCCGACGAGAAGAAGAAACAUGGCCUCCCUGGAAUCGGCCUGAGCACUUCUCUCAGACCCAGAAUGCACUUUUCAUCCCCAAGUUUUGUUUGUGGGACUGGUUCUGCUUGUCGCAGCAGUGACAACAAUGGAUCAGGUUCAGGAGAUUUUUUUCAAUAUAGUCCUGAAUUUCCCUUGGACGUCCUGAAAAUAAAAACCAUCGAGAUGCUGACGGAAGCUGUUCGAGAAGGAAGCAUGCAUGUCAGAGAUCCAAUAGGGGGCAGCACUGAAUUUCUCUUCGUUCCCCUUAUCAAACUCUUUUACACCAUGCUCAUAAUGGGGGUCUUCCAAGACAGAGAUCUCAAAAACAUUCUUCGACUGAUUGAACCAUCAGUGUUCUCAGAGCGACGGGACGGGUUAAACGAGAAAGAGAAGGAUGUGAGAACUGAGGGGGGCGAGGAUGGCUGGAACAUGCCAAAAGAAGGACUCUUACAGAUGAAGCUUCCUGAGCCUGUCAAGCUGCAGAUGUGCAAUGUGUUGCAGUACCUGUGUGACUGCCAGGUACGCCAUCGUAUUGAAGCAGUGGUGGCCUUCUCAGAUGACUUUGUAGCAGGUCUUCAAGACAACCAGAGGUUUCGCUACAAUGAAGUGAUGCUGGCACUUAACAUGUCUGCUGCCCUCACUGCCAAAAAGACCAAAGAGUUCAGAUCGCCUCCUCAGGAGCAGAUCAACAUGCUACUCAACUUUAAGGAUGAGAAGCAGGACUGCCCAUGUCCCGAGUAUAUACGUGAACAGCUACUUGACUUUCACGAGGACCUGAUGAGACACUGUGGUAUAGAGUUGGACGAUGACGGUUCACUGGAUGGAGACAAUGACUUCACCAUCCGAGGUCGACUCAUGUCUUUGGUAGAGAAGGUUUCAAACUUGAAAAAGAAGAUGGCGAACCUUCCAGAGGAAAAGAAGGACCGAAAGCCUAGUACGUUACAGCAGUUGAUCUCUGACACAAUGGUUCGCUGGGCUCAGGAGUCUGUUAUUGAAGAUCCUGAUCUGGUCAGAGCCAUGUUUGUCCUUCUACACCGGCAGUACGAUGGCAUUGGAGGACAGGUCCGGGCACUCCCUAAGACCUACACCAUAAAUUCUGUAUCGAUUGAGGACACCAUCAACCUGCUGGCUGCGCUUGGACAAAUUAGAUCUCUGUUGAGCGUCCGCAUGGGAAGGGAGGAGGAGAAAUUGAUGAUAAGAGGAUUGGGUGACAUUAUGAACAAUAAGGUCUUCUACCAACACCCAAAUCUGAUGAGAGCUCUGGGAAUGCAUGAGACUGUCAUGGAAGUCAUGGUCAAUGUGCUGAGUGGAGGAGACUCCAAGGAAAUCACCUUUCCUAAAAUGGUGGCCAACUGUUGUCGUUUCCUCUGUUACUUCUGUCGAAUCAGUCGUCAGAAUCAGAAGGCCAUGUUUGACCAUCUCAGCUACCUCCUGGAGAACAGUAGUGUCGGCCUUGCAUCUCCAUCCAUGCGAGGCUCGACUCCUCUGGAUGUGGCUGCAGCUUCAGUCAUGGACAACAAUGAGCUGGCACUGGCUUUAAGAGAACCUGACCUGGAGAAGGUGGUAAAAUAUCUUGCUGGGUGCGGACUUCAGAGCUGUGUGAUGCUGGUGCGGAAAGGAUACCCUGACAUUGGGUGGAACCCUGUUGAGGGAGAACGCUACCUGGACUUCUUGCGUUUUGCUGUGUUUUGCAACGGUGAAAGUGUGGAAGAGAAUGCCAACGUAGUUGUUAGACUUCUCAUUCGUCGACCCGAAUGUUUUGGCCCUGCUCUUCGUGGAGAGGGAGGGGAUGGCUUGUUAUCAGCGAUGGAGGAGGCCAUUAAGAUUUCUGAGGAUCCAUCCAGAGACGGUCCGUCUCCGACAUCGGAGAGUAUCAAGAGCAUCGGUGACAUCGGGGAGGAAGAUGACACCAUUCACUUGGGCAAUGCCAUCAUGACCUUCUAUGCGGCUCUCAUCGACCUGCUCGGUCGUUGUGCUCCAGAAAUGCAUCUAAUCCAUGCUGGAAAAGGUGAAGCAAUCCGCAUCAGAGCUAUUCUCAGGUCGCUGAUUCCCAUCGAAGACUUAGUCGGUGUCAUCAGUAUUGUGUUCUCCAUGCCAAGUCUGGCCAAAGAUGGCCUAGUUCUGGAACCAGACAUGUCUGCUGGUUUCUGUCCAGACCAUAAAGCAGCAAUGGUUCUAUUUUUGGAUCGGGUCUAUGGAAUAGAGGACCAGAAUUUCCUUCUUCAUCUGCUGGAGGUUGGCUUCUUACCAGACCUAAGAGCAGCUGCUUCUUUGGACACUGUCGCCUUCAGUGCCACAGAUAUGGCCCUGGCUCUCAAUAGGUACCUGUGCACAGCAGUGCUUCCUCUGCUGACUAAAUGUGCACCGCUGUUCGCUGGGACUGAGCCAUUUGCAUCACUCAUUGACUCUCUUCUGCACACGGUUUACCGCCUGUCCAAAGGCUGCUGCCUCACUAAAGCUCAGAGAGACUCCAUUGAGGAGUGUUUGCUCGCUGUCUGUGGGAAGCUACGACCCUCAAUGAUGCAGCAUCUUCUGAGGAGGCUGGUCUUUGAUGUCCCUGUGCUAAAUGAACAUACCAAGAUGCCGCUCAAGCUUCUCACCAAUCACUACGAGCGCUGCUGGAAGUAUUACUGCCUGACUGGAGGCUGGGGAGGUUUUGGUGCCGCUUCUGAUGAGGAGCUUCAUCUUUCCAGAAGACUAUUCUGGGGAAUAUUCGAUGCUCUCUCACACAAAAAGUACGAUCAGGAGCUUUUCAAGCUGGCCUUGCCGUGCCUGAGUGCUGUUGCUGGAGCUCUUCCUCCAGAUUACAUGGAGUCUAACUACAUGACCAUGAUGGAGAAACAAUCUUCCAUGGAUACAGAGGGGAACUUUACUCCACAGCCAGCUGACACCACUAAUGUGACUAUCCCAGAGAAACUGGACUACUUCAUUGUGAGAUAUGCUGAACACAACCAUGAGAAGUGGUGCAUAGAGAAGUUUUCGAAUGGCUGGUCUUAUGGAGAGCAGGCUUGUGAGAUGUCAAAGAGCCACUUCCUGCUUAAGCCCUAUAAAAGUCUGUCAGAGAAGGAUAAAGAGGGCUACUGUCUGCCAGUCAGAGAGUGUUUAAAGACCAUGCUGUCCUGGGGCUGGAGCAUCAAUAGAAUCAGAGAUGGGGACCCUGCCAGCCUUCACAACAAGUCCAGGAGAAUUUCACAGGCUAGUCAGCUGUCUUUUGAAGGCUCCCCAUCAUUCAGCCCCCGGCCUAUUGACAUGAGCAAUGUGACUCUUUCUAGAGACAUGCAGUCAAUGGCAGAGCUGCUAGCAGAGAAUUAUCACAAUAUAUGGGCCAAGGAAAAGAAAAUGGAACUGGAAGCCAAAGGUGGAGGCAGUCACCCACUUCUGGUUCCUUAUGAUACGCUAACUGCCAAAGAGAAAUCAAAAGACAGAGAGAAAGCUCAAGACAUCCUCAAGUUCCUCCAAAUAAAUGGUUACACUGUUUCCAGACGAGCAAAGUCACAAGAGCUGGACACUCCUGCUAUAGAGAAGCGUUUUGCUUACAACUUCCUUCAGCAGCUCAUCACAUAUGUGGACCAGGCCCAGCAGCACAUGAUGGAUUUUGAUCGGGGAGCGAGAACCAAAGCAGAGAAGAUUCCUCAUGAACAACAGAUUAAAUUCUUUGGAAAGGUGGUCUUGCCGUUGGUCGAUCAGUACUUCAAGAAUCACCGUCUGUACUUCCUCUCAACAGCCAUCCACCCUAUCAGCAGCGGUGGACAUGCCUCCAACAAAGAGAAGGAGAUGGUAACCAGUCUUUUCUGCAAAUUGGGAGUUCUUGUCAGACAUAGGAUUUCCUUAUUUGGUAACAAUGCCACGUCCAUAGUCAACUGUCUUCAAAUACUCGGUCAAAGUCUGGACGCCAGGACAGUCAUGAAAACUGGUCUGGAGUCAGUGAAGGCAGCGCUGCGGUCAUUCUUUGAGAGUGCUGCGGAAGAUCUAGAAAAGACGCAGGAGAAUUUGAAGGCUGGUCAGUUCACACACAGCAGAGAGCAGCCGCGAGGGGUCACUCAGAUCAUAAACUACACGACCUUUGCUCUGCUUCCUGUCCUCUCCUCCUUGUUUGAGCACAUUGGACAGAAUAUGUUUGGAGAAGAUCUCAUACUGGAUGAUGUCCAGGUGUCCUGCUACAGAAUCCUGAACAGCCUCUACUUCCUUGGGACAAACAAAAGCAUCUAUGUAGAAAGGCAGCGUCCUGCACUAGGCAAGUGUUUGGCCGCUUUCUCAGUUGCUUUUCCUGUGGCCUUUCUUGAACCUCACAUCAACAAGUUCAAUGGCUUUUCCAUCUUCAACAACAAGGGAGCCAAAGACAGGGCCGCGUUGGGUCUCUCUGGGCAAGUGGGAGAAGUUUGUCCUCUCAUCCCAAACUUGGAGAAGUCUCUGGAGGAAAUCAUGGAGCUGGCCGAGUCUGGCAUCAGAUACACGCAGAUGCCACAUAUAAUGGAAGUGGUGUUGCCGAUGCUGUGCAGUUACAUGUCCCACUGGUGGGAACACGGACCAGAAAACAACUUGGAUAAGGAGGACAGGUGCUGCACAUCUGUGACCUCUGAACAUAUGAACACGUUGCUGGGAAAUAUCCUGAAGAUUAUCUACAACAACUUGGGUAUUGAUGAAGGGGCCUGGAUGAAACGCCUGGCAGUUUUUUCUCAGCCAAUCAUCAGCAAGGCCAACGCCCAGCUACUGAAGACUCACUUCUUGCCACUGAUGGAGAAACUGAAGAAAAAAGCUGCAGUUGUGUUGAUGGACGAGGAACACAGCAAGUCCGAAGGGAGGGGGGAGAUGUCAGAAACCGAGCUGCUCAUCAUGGACCAGUUCACUGUGCUGGUCAGAGACCUGUACGCCUUCUAUCCUCUCCUUAUACGAUUUGUGGACUACAACAGGGCCAAAUGGUUAAAAGAGUCCAAUCCAGAAGCGGAGGAACUCUUCCGCAUGGUGGCUGAGGUUUUCAUUUUCUGGGCCAAAUCUCAUAAUUUCAAAAGAGAAGAGCAGAACUUUGUUGUCCAGAAUGAAAUCAAUAACAUGUCCUUCCUCAUCACCGAUACCAAGUGCAAGAUGUCAAAAGGAAUAGUUUCUGACCAAGAAAGAAAGAAGAUGAGAAGAAAGGGAGACAGAUAUUCGAUGCAGACAAGUUUAAUUGUUGCCACUCUCAAGCGCCUCCUGCCAGUAGGACUCAACAUCUGCGCACCAGGAGAGCACGAGUUGAUCGGACUGGCUAAAAACCGAUUCACGCAGAAGGACACCGAGGAUGAGGUGCGAGAAGUCAUUGGGAACAAUCUUCACUUGCAAGGAAAGUUGGAAGACCCUGCAAUUCGGUGGCAGAUGGCUCUUUACAGGGACCUUCCUCACCACUGUGAAGACACAGCAGAUCCAGAGAAGACUGUGGACAGAGUCUUGAAUAUUGCUCAUGUACUCUUCCACCUGGACCAGGUGGAGCAUCCUCAGCGCAGCAAGAAAGCCGUGUGGCACAAAUUGCUGUCCAAACAGAGGAAGAGAGCUGUUGUGGCAUGCUUCAGAAUGGCACCUCUCUAUAACCUGCCAAGGCACCGUGCUGUCAACCUUUUCCUUCAGGGCUAUGAGAAAUCCUGGAUUGAGGCAGAGGAACAUUACUUUGAAGAUAAACUGAUUGAAGAUCUUGCUAAACCAAAUGAACUGGAGUCAUCUGAGGAAGAGGAGGGGAUGAAGCACAUAGAUCCACUACAUCAGCUCAUCCUGCUGUUCAGCAGAACAGCUCUUACAGAGAAGUGUAAACUGGAUGAGGACAAUCUCUACAUGGCCUACUCUGACAUCAUGGCCAAGAGUUGCCACGAUGAGCAGGACGAAGAUGGAGAAGUGAAGAGUUUUGAGGUAUCUGCAUGUUUUGGUUGUGGAUGUAGACCUCUCAAUGACCCAUGCUUUUGUUUUUUGUUUGUUUUUUUUCAGGAGAAGGAGAUGGAGAAGCAGAAGCUGUUGUAUCAGCAGGCUCGACUUCAUGAUCGUGGCGCUGCAGAGAUGGUGCUUCAGACUAUUAGUGCCAGUAAAGGUGAAAUGGGUCCGAUGGUAGCCUCCACGUUGAAAUUGGGCAUCGCUAUUCUGAAUGGAGGAAACUCAACAGUUCAGCAGAAAAUGUUGGACUACCUGAAAGACAAAAAGGAUGUGGGUUUCUUUCAAAGCCUUGCUGGUUUGAUGCAGUCUUGCAGUGUUCUGGAUCUGAAUGCGUUUGAGAGACAGAAUAAAGCAGAGGGUCUGGGGAUGGUGACUGAGGAGGGUUCAGUCAUCAAUCAUGAGCGUGGUGAGAAGGUCAUGCAGGAUGAUGAGUUCACCUGUGACCUUUUCCGCUUCCUUCAGCUUCUCUGUGAAGGACACAACUCAGACUUUCAGAACUACUUGAGGACACAAACAGGAAACAACACAACAGUCAACAUCAUCAUCUCCACCGUUGACUACCUUCUAAGAGUACAAGAGUCUAUCAGUGACUUCUACUGGUAUUAUUCGGGGAAGGAUGUCAUCGAUGAGCAGGGCCAGAGAAAUUUCUCUAAAGCAAUAAAUGUGGCGAAACAAGUUUUCAAUACACUGACCGAGUACAUCCAGGGUCCAUGUACUGGUAACCAGCAAAGUUUGGCCCACAGUCGUCUGUGGGACGCAGUGGUUGGUUUCCUGCAUGUCUUUGCUCAUAUGCAGAUGAAACUCUCUCAGGACUCAAGUCAGAUCGAGCUCCUAAAGGAACUGAUGGACCUGCAGAAAGACAUGGUGGUCAUGUUGUUGUCUAUGCUGGAAGGCAACGUGGUGAAUGGGACCAUUGGGAAGCAGAUGGUGGACAUGCUGGUGGAGUCAUCCAACAAUGUGGAAAUGAUCCUCAAGUUCUUUGACAUGUUCCUCAAACUCAAAGACCUCACCUCAUCUGAUUCUUUCAAGGAGUACGACCCAGAUGGGAAAGGUGUCAUCUCCAAGAGGGACUUCCACAAGGCCAUGGAGAGUCAUAAACACUACACGCAGACAGAGACGGAGUUCCUUCUCUCAUGUGCAGAGACGGAUGAGAAUGAGCUUUUGGAUUAUGAAGAGUUUGUGGAGCGCUUUCAUGAGCCUGCCAAGGAUAUUGGCUUCAAUGUGGCUGUUUUGUUAACCAACCUCUCGGAGCACAUGCCUCACGACACCCGUCUUCAGACCUUCCUGGAGCUGGCCGAGAGUGUCCUCAACUACUUUCAGCCAUACCUGGGCCGGAUAGAGAUCAUGGGCAGUGCCAAGCGCAUUGAGAGGGUCUACUUUGAGAUCAGCGAAUCCAGUCGAACCCAGUGGGAGAAACCACAGGUGAAGGAAUCAAAGCGACAGUUCAUCUUUGAUGUUGUGAAUGAAGGAGGAGAGAAGGAGAAGAUGGAACUGUUUGUCAAUUUCUGCGAAGACACAAUUUUUGAAAUGCAGCUGGCAGCACAGAUGUCGGACUCUGGUGAGCGCUCUGCGACAAAGGAAGAGGGUGAACGGGAGAAGCCGGAUGAGAGCGCUGAGAUGGGCUUCUUCUCUGUUUCAACUCUCCAUAUGGCACUGUUGUCUCUGAGACACAAUGUCAUGCUGCUGAUCAAGGUGUUAUCUAUGAAAAGCUUAAAAAAACAGAUAAAGAGGGUGAAGAAUAUGACGGCGAAAGACAUGGUGACCGCGCUGGUUUCCUUCUAUCUGUCGGUGCUGUUUGGACUGCUGCAUGUUGCAUUUAGUGUGACACGUGGAUUCUGCAGGAUCUUUUACAAUACGCUAAUGGGAGGCAAUCUGGUGGAGGGUGCCAAAACCAUAAAGGUGUCUGAGCUGCUGGCCAGCAUGCCUGAUCCCACACAGGAUGAGGUGAGGGCUGAAGGGGACGAGCGAGAGCGAAGAGAUCGCAGCUCUGCACAGGAGGACCUUGCUGACCUGGCAGUCAACACCAGUGAUACUGAACUACUUUCAGACAUUUUUGGUCUGGACCUAAGAAGAGAGGGUGGCCAGUACAAGAUAACCCCCCAUAAUCCAAAUGCUAGUCUGACAGACCUACUCAACUCCCCUGUUCCAAUUCCAACACCACCACCAGCAACAGCUGCGACUCCCCCUGAGCUCAGACACCGGCAUCCGUCAAAAGAUACUUCAUCAGAAAAGGAAGAGUCACCGCAGAUUGAAUGUGAACCAGAGAAAAAAAGACAUGGGGAUGAACAGCAGAAGAAGGAAAAGCCAAAAGUCAGAAGACAUAGAGCUUCGAAGUCUGAUGAGCCUGACCUGCAGGAGUCAGUUGUCCUGAAGAAGAUUAUCGCCUACCAGAGGAAAUUACUGAACUACUUUGCCAGGAACUUCUACAACAUGAGGAUGUUGGCGCUCUUUGUGGCAUUUGCCAUAAACUUCAUUCUCCUUUUUUACAAGGUAUCCACAUCCUCAUCUGUGGCUGAAGACAAACAGAUGGUCUACUCUACUGGCCAAUCAGAGAGCAGUGUCCAGUGGGAUCCAGAGGCUACAAUGGAGAGAGUGGAUGAUAGUAUGGACGGAGCUGGAGCCCCCAGGAAGCCUGUCACAGUGCGCUUUGUCCUUGAGGAAAGCAGUGGUUACAUGGAGCCCACAUUGCGGAUCCUUGCCAUCCUGCACACAGUCAUCUCCUUCUUUUGCAUCAUAGGAUACUACUGUCUGAAGGUUCCACUGGUGAUUUUCAAGCGUGAGAAGGAAGUGGCCCGAAAGCUCGAGUUUGAUGGUCUGUAUAUCACAGAGCAGCCGUCUGAAGAUGACAUUAAGGGCCAGUGGGACAGACUGGUCAUCAACACGCAAUCUUUCCCAAACAAUUACUGGGACAAGUUUGUCAAGAGGAAGGUGAUGGAUAAAUAUGGAGAGUUCUAUGGCCAUGACCGCAUCAGUGAGCUGCUGGGCAUGGACAAGGCUGCGCUGGACUUCAGUGAUGCUCACAAGAAGCGCAAGCCCAGAAGAGACAGCUCCCUGGCUGCAGUGCUCAACUCCAUUGAUGUGAAGUACCAGAUCUGGAAACUGGGAGUGGUAUUCACCGACAAUUCCUUCCUGUACCUGGCGUGGUACAUGACCAUGUCCAUCCUGGGGCAUUACAACAACUUUUUCUUUGCUGCACAUCUACUGGACAUAGCGAUGGGCUUCAAGACACUUCGAACAAUUCUGUCAUCCGUCACACACAACGGCAAACAGUUGGUGUUAACGGUGGGCUUGCUCGCCGUAGUCGUCUAUCUCUACACGGUUGUGGCUUUCAACUUCUUCAGGAAGUUCUACAACAAGAGUGAAGAUGGAGAGCUGCCAGACAUGAAGUGUGAUGACAUGUUGACGUGCUACAUGUUCCACAUGUAUGUUGGCGUGCGAGCCGGCGGAGGAAUUGGUGACCAGAUUGAGGACCCCGCCGGUGAUGAGUACGAGAUUUACCGCAUCAUCUUCGACAUCACCUUCUUCUUCUUUGUCAUCGUCAUCCUGCUGGCCAUCAUCCAGGGUCUGAUCAUUGAUGCCUUCGGAGAGCUGCGAGACCAGCAGGAACAAGUCAAAGAAGACAUGGAGACCAAGUGCUUCAUCUGUGGAAUCGGCAACGACUACUUCGACACAGUACCGCACGGUUUUGAAACACACACUCUGCAGGAGCACAACUUGGCCAACUACCUAUUCUUUGUGAUGUACCUCAUCAACAAAGAUGAAACAGAGCACACGGGCCAGGAGUCGUAUGUUUGGAAGAUGUACCAGGAGCGCUGCUGGGAGUUCUUCCCGGCAGGUGACUGUUUCCGGAAACAGUACGAGGAUCAGCUCAACUGAUCUGUUGCAACUUCUACCAAAACCCUUGUCGGUCCCAAGUUCUGGAAGGUGACACAAGUCCGACUCCUCACGCUUGGGACCUGCAUUCAUCUUUGACCUUUGACACCAAGCCUUCGUCCAAGCUCUUCCGAAUCCAGCCAAAAUACUCUGCCCAACGUCCAGCACACUUUGUUUGGAGGCUGCAAAAGCUUUGUAUAUAUAAAGCAUCCAGUCACGUGCUGUAUACUGAGAAGAGGCUGGCAGACAGUGACCCAUCAUCUGCAUCUACGUUCACAGCCAGCAGCAGACACCAAAGGGAGGGAGUCGGCUGUCGGCCCAGAACUGAGAGACUUUAAUGUUCAUACGAUGUUUACAAGACUCUUCAUGUGUUCACUGCAUGUUGCAUGUGAGUGUCAGGAGUGGACAUGAAACACUGCAACCUGCUGUAAUCCAACACAACACCGCUGCAAUAAUCUGCACUCACACCACUUCACUUUCAGUUUCAUGGUUCCAGCACGGACGCCGCUGCGGUCACCACAUCUGGUCCAGGUUUAAACUGCAGUUUUAGGUGUUAUAGCCGUGUCCCGUCAAAACAACUGUGUGUGUAUGUGUGUGUGUGCGCGUGAAGGGCUACACUCUCCCAUCGCUAGCUACACAUUUGUGACCAGAGCCACCCGGAGGUGUCCACCAAAGUCCAAUUCCAGCUCGCAGCAUCUUUGGUUGUCAGAUGGGUUGCAUAUCUUUGUUUGCCCUCAGUGGCUGGACGCGUCUCGUCCGACCUACUUAACUCCCCUUUUUAAGACGUCUGAAUAUUGACCACAUGACCAGGGCUGCCAACUUGUGAUGGGUGAGAUUCUAAUAUUCGUGGGGGUGGGGGGUGUCUUCAAGUCUCAAGUGUGACGUGAGAGUGUGUGAGCAGCCUCAUGUGCUUGCGUGAGAGUUGGCAGCCCUGCGCAUGACCCAGAUCCGGGUGAGCUCUGCCUCCUGUUCCCUGUUUGAGCAUUCAGUAAAGCCAUGUUGGCCACAAUAAGAGGGAGAGCUGUCCACGUGCGAGUCAUCUGCUGCGUCGUGCGUAAGUGCCCUCGUGAAGCCAUGAGAUGAGAGUGAGGGAGGCACGUGGUGGACUAUGGGUGGGCUGAAGGGACGGUGACGCAGGAGGAGGUGAGAAGACACAGUGCCUUACUUUGCUAGGGAGGAGCUAUGCAAGUGGAAGACAGUGAAGUGCACAUGGAGGGAGACACGCGCCAAGGCCCUCAUCCAUCAGCUGUGCAGAGGGACGCGACCUAGAUACAUUUGGAGUCAGUACUGGUGAGGGAAAAAAGCAGCAUAUUUAUCCAACACGCUGGACCUUCACACCGCUGCGCUAAUAAAUCCUACUGGUUCUGACCCCUCUGGCCGUUAACGCGCCUAAUUAACCAUACAAGGCCACAUCUCAUAUUUCCAGCACAGAAGCGUGGAGGACAGCACUGAAGACAUUCUUGUGAUUUCCAGAAGUAUCCUGCUCCGUUACGCAAUCUGGACUGUUGAAGGAGCCUUUCCUGUCGGAGACGCUCCUUUGAGCUGCUCGAUGGCGAGAGGAACGGUCAGAGCAGGGCGGAAUAUCUCGGCAGGUGGCAGACUAGAAUGUUCUCCGAUCAGCCGAUGUUGACUUGCAUAUGUUGAGGUCACGUGCCAUCGCACAACUCGAAAAGACGGAACACCACAGCGUGCUCUUCCUGAUGCAACACAGAGAGGGACACACAGUACAGCAUUACGCAGCAGCACACCCGAUAUUUGUCUGCUGUUCCUCCAGUUUCUGACCAGAUUGUUUAGAAAUACACCUGAAACCCAACUUUGUCAGGAAUGUUCCGACACGUCUGCACAACUGUUGAAUCCGGGUCCUGGAACCAGAGUGAAAAGGUUUUGUCAGACAGACGGAUGAUGAAAAGCUUUUUCAGAUGAAUUACACUGUCCACAUAUUGGCCCACAUUAGAAUUAGAAAAACAAUCUUGCGUGAUAAAAACAUCUAAUCCAUAAUCCACAAUAUUCCUAGAAUGUGGUGAAGCACAGUUUUUCAAAUCUGCAGAGUCCUUAGAACCUUGUGGUCACAUGCAAGUGACCACGGUUGUGCCUGUUUACACGCCGGCGCCGGUUUAUUUGGCACAUUGGUCACUCAGAAUCAUGCGGUGGCGUCAUGUGUGAGCACAACACUCAAGCAAAAACAUGGACUCCUGCUCACUUUGUGAUGUAGGAGUCGACUGUGAGACCAAAUUCAGAGAAUGUGUUAGUUAUAUGUUGAAUUGCUGAAGAAGCCAACUAAGGUUUUCAGAGUCCAGUUUUGAUUUUAGGAAAAAUAAAUCACAUGCUAACAGCAGCUUUUCAUUCCAAGUCAAGGUUUGUAUAAUCUUCCAAUCGGUGAACAUGACUGCAGCAAAACCAAUAUUUAUAAAUCAACUUUCAUUUAUAGAUUUCUACGCUUUCCUCAUGAAGCUCACUCUGACGUGUGACAUGACAGGAUGAAUGCUAACUGCCGUCUGGAAGGACUGUUUCUUUUGAGGAUGAUUUUUAUGCAAUGCAGCCUCACCAACAAGUUAUUCUCUUUUUGUAUAGACUUUAUUCUUUCAAUAAUGUCAUUGCAUGCAUAAUAUGCGGGAUAAUAAAGGUAUGACAAAGACAUUGUUUAAUAGGACUAUUUAAGACGAAUAGAUAUUUAUGUAAUACAGUAUUUUACGUGUAAGAAUUUACACGACUGCAUCUUUUUUGAGAAGAGUUGGUGUUGUCUGCCCUUACAUCCCCAAUUACGGUUUUGAUUUCUAUAUUUCUGCUCAAGCAAUAGCCCUUCAGGGAGUGUGUGACAUGAAUGAUCCAAUAAA